AUGAGCGAUUCAACUCAUAUUCCUGUUAUUGAAUCGAGGAGACCAAAACCUUCUGUCACUGCAAAGUGUCCAAACUGUUCUGUAGUCAUUGAAUUCUAUCUUCCUGCCACUCCAGCUUAUGCCUUUUCUGUUUAUAGAGUGGUUUGCUUUUCUUGUAGAGAGACUUGUUCUAUUCCAACUUCUGCUGUUCAACAGACUCCAUCUGUUUCUGCUAAAAAAACUACAAAUGCCUCGGACCAAUCUACCAACAAUGCUUCCAGUCGCAGACCAAAAACUACUCUUGGAAAAACCGGUUCAGAUGACCAUCCAAUCGAUAUGGAAUAUUAUGAUUUGUUGGAGAUUCCUGCUACGGCGUCUAGUGCUGUCAUCAAAAAGGCGUAUUAUCUCAAGGCUAUGAAGUGUCAUCCUGAUAAAAACUUGGACAAUCCAUUGGCUGAAGAAAUGUUUAAACAAAUAUCUGAAGCUUAUCAAGUCUUGUCGGAUCCACAGCGUCGUUCAUUUUAUAAUAUUCAUGGAAAGGCUGCUGCAGUGGGUUCUGAAGGAUCUGUGUUUGUCGAUCCAGAACAAUUCUUCAGACAACAGUUUGGUGGUGAUAUGUUUGUUGAUAUCAUUGGUGAAAUAUCCAUUGCUCGGGAUUUUAAAGACGUCAUGGCUGCAAAAGAUCCAUCCAAAUCUAAUGACUUGACCACUGACUCCAACUCUUCUACAAUCAACUCGGGAACAGAAGUUCCAUCUACAGAUGCUACCACUCAAGCCAAACAAGAUUCGGCAUUGAUGUACGAACAACGUCGUUUGAUUCGUAAAGAACGUAUUCAAAAACUGUCGCAUAAUCUUGUUGCCAAGCUUUCGCUUUACACUGAUGCGUUUCCAUUUCCUGAUCCUACUUCUUCUCCACCUUUGGGGAUCUCUUUGAAUAGCUUGGCAAACGAAUCACUCAACACGUUUCGUGCUUUAUCUACUAUCGAAGCUCAACAACUUGCUUUAGAAAGCUAUGGACCCGAAUUGUUGAGAGCGAUUGGAUUCACCUAUGUUUUAAAAGCUGAUCAGUGGAUUGCCAAAAUUGCUGCAGAGGAUGGGGGUGCUGUGCUAUGGCAUCGAGUAUGGGGACUUGGGUCUCGAGUAAGCGGAGCUAUCAAAGAAAAAACUCACAUUUUAAACGAGACGGUCGGGACGUUUCGUACGGCUCUAGAUCUGCAAAGCAAAUUCACCAAACUUCAAGAAAUGGAUAAAAAAACAAAAAAAACAGGUGAAGGAGGUGAAAAGACUGUUGAUGAGGACGUCGAAGUCGAACUGACACCUCAGGAGCAAGAACUCCGCACGCAGUUGGAAUAUGAAGCGGCAACAAAGGGACUAGAAGCUUUGUGGAGAGGAUCCAAAUUAGAAGUUGAAUCUGUGCUACGCGAUGUAUGCGACGAUGCUCUCGGAGAUGCACCUGGUGUGUCGACCGAGUUACGUAAACGACGUGCUGAUGCUUUGCGGAUCUUGGGUCAGGUUUAUGAAACCGUUGGUAUUGCUGCUGCUGCCAGUUCCGUGCCCAAUACUUCCACUGGCACAUCUAGCCAACAGCCUCCAUUGCCUCCUCAAAAAUAGUGUUUCCCGUACCCUACCAUUUUUAUAUUCACCACCUGUUUUGAUAUUGCUAUUCCGUAUUUUAUGUUGCUACUACUUUUUGGAGAGUAUUGCUAUACUACCGAAUACAACAAUCAUUGCUAUUUUUUCCAAAUCAAUAAAAUAAUUGAGCUAUUGUAUGUUCUACCUCU